AUGGAGACAGGGAAAGAAAGGUUUCAUUCAAUCUCAAGCCAAUCAUGCUUUCUUCACCUUGAUCACUGCUACAAUCUCACAAUUGUUCCCGUUUAUGUUGAUGACAUCUUGGUUGUAGGCAAUGAUGUCUCUCAGGUCUCUCACUUCAAGUCUGUUAUUUCCAAUCACUUCAAAACCAAGGAUCUUGGACCCCUAAAAUAUUUCAUUGGACUUGAAGUUGUUCGAUCUCCUUCCGGCAUUUUUCUUAAUCAGCAAAAAUAUGCCCCAGACAUUCUUGAUGAUAGUGGUCAACUUGGCUCCCAUCCUGCUCCAUUUCCCAUGGAACAAAAUCUAAAGCUUAAUGACACUGAUGGUGACCUUCUACCUGAUCCCACCCCUUAUCGACAGUUAGUUGGGCGCCUCAUUUAUCUCACCAUCACCAGACCUGAUAUCGUUUUUGCAAUGAAUAUUCUCAGUCAAUUCAUGCAUGCUCCUCGGAUUCCUCACAUGACAGCUGCCACCCGAGCCCUUCGCUACAUUAAAGGCACUCUAGGUCAAGGCAUUUUCUUUUCUUCUUCUUGUGAUCUUCAUGUCAAUGCUUACAUUGAUUCCAAUUGGGCCAACUGUCCUACCACUCGACGCUCUACCACUGGUUUCUUCAUCACACUUGGUUCUAGCCCUAUCUCUUGA